CUUUCGCGACCACGGCGUGAAGCUCGAGCCCGGAUGCCGCAGCAGACGCCUGUCCCACGUGCGUUUCGCAGAAGACUCGAUUGUCUACGCAAACAGUCUGGGAGAGUUCACUGAGAUGCCCGACGUGCUGAACGAAGAGCUGCAGCGAAUCGGCUUGGAGCUGAACGCCAAGAAGAGCCGGAUCUUCACUUUGGAUCAGUACCUGUACGACAAUGCAUCUGAGGUGUUCGUCGACGCAGAUGGGGACUUCAUCAACGUGGUGAGGGCUAUGCUUGCAAAUCGGCUUCGUUGUGCAUGGGCCAAAUUCAAUGCGUUCAGAGCGGCCCUGACGAACAAACACGUCGACUUCGACCUCCGUGCCCGGCUGUUCGAUAGCAUCAUCACCCCGAAAGCCUUGUACGGUUUGUCGACGGCACCUCUGACAGCGAACGGCGUUGAAAAGCCUGCAAGUCCACAGCGGCAGAUGUUACGCUGCAUGGUGGGGUAUGUCAAGCUCGACACAGACGACUGGUCAGACAUGUACAAGAGGCUGAAGACAAAACUCGAAGCAACACAAGCUCGCAUGCCCAUCCGGCAAUGGGCCACGGAACUCAUCAAGAGCAAAGCCCAGUUGCAGGAGAAACUCGUUCGUUUGAGCCAGGACGCGCUGUUGAGCUUAGUCGUGGCCUGGAACCCAGGCGGCACUGCCGACGCAAAGUUGCCUGCCUAG